AUGUCUUCCGCGAACGGUGAUCAGCAGCCGGUGAAGCUGUCGCUCCCUCUGAAAUAUCAGCAAGAACUUUUUCAAGAGCUCAGACAAAAAGAUGAGCUUGUCGUUCUCGCUCGCGGCCUCGGCCUCCUCCGGCUUGUGACAAAUCUCCUCCACUCCUACGAUGCAGCCGGGAGCAAUCUCAUACUGGUGGUUGGAACAGACGAGCGUGAGAAUGGGUGGAUCGGGGAAGCUCUGGCUGAACAUGCCGCCAUCAGCAUGUCUCUCAAGGCCAGAGGCCUCAGUGUCGUCAAUACAGAUGUCAUGAGUGUUGGAACAAGAGAGAAGAUGUAUGCUCAAGGAGGCAUAUUCAGCAUCACAUCAAGAAUUCUUGUGGUUGACCUUCUGACCAGUUUGCUGGACCCAGAGACUAUCACUGGACUUGUGGUUUUGCAUGCCGACAGAGUAGUUGCUACAUCUCUAGAAGCCUUUAUCCUUCGAAUCUACAGGCAGCGGAAUAAGGUGGGGUUCCUGAAGGCAUUCUCAGAUAACCCAGAGCCUUUCACUACCGGGUUUGCCCCGCUCUCCACCAUGAUGCGGAAUUUGUUUCUAAGAAAUGUGUCACUCUGGCCACGGUUCCAAGUGGUGGUGGCUCAAGCCCUCGAGGGCAAGAAGAAGGCCGAAGUCAUCGAGUUGGAAGUCCCAAUGUCCGAUUCUAUGAGGGACAUUCAAAAUGCUAUUAUGGAGUGUGUGGAAGUCAGCAUUGGAGAACUCAAAAAGAGUAACUCUGGUUUGGAGAUGGAAGACUGGAAUGUCGACAGUGCCCUCUUCAAGCAAUUCGAUAUGGUGGUCAGGAGACAACUUGAUCCAGUAUGGCACAGAGUCAGCUGGAAAACGAAGCAAAUUGUCAAUGACUUGACUGUCUUACGAGGCAUGCUACAUACUUUACUCACUUAUGAUGCAAUUUCUUUCAAUCGGCAUUUAGAUACCAUCUUAGCCGCUCAUUCCCCACCGUCUGGAUCCACAAGGCAAAAUCAAUCUCCUUGGCUAUUCCUUGAUGCAGCUCAUACCAUAUUCGACACUGCUAAAAGAAGAGUCUAUACUGGCAAACCGACUCAGGGAGAUGCGGAUAAUAUAGAUUCUCUCCGGCCAGUCCUUGAGGAGCAACCUAAGUGGGCUAUUCUGGCGGAAGUUUUGGACGAGAUUGAUCGAGACCAAUAUUUCAAUCCUGUGGUUCGUGAUGAUUCAAAUGGAACCAUCUUGGUCAUGUGUACAGAUACAGCACAAUGUCGACAAUUACGAGAAUAUCUCCAAACUAUGCAUGUCCGUCCCGAGACUGCUCAGGUGGAUGAUAACGACGAAGAAAGAGAAGAGAACGAGCCGUCGGCUGCAUUUAUGAUGAGACGAAAGCUUCGAGACUAUCUCAAAUGGAAGAAAGAGUUUGCCAAAAUCAGUGCAACACUGUUUUCUGAGAAUCAAAAUGCCUUGAAUGGCUCUGCCAAUACAAGGAACCAACCGAGCACCAGCUACAGAGGGAAACCACCGGCGAACAAACGAAGACGAGUAAGAGGAGGUGGAAACGCUGGUUCGGGUCCAUCACGUGCUGCUAAUGGCAGUAUUCUGGCAUCAGAGGAUAGACCGCUCGAAGUUGCUUCCCUGAUGUCCGAGAUUCAACCUACAGAAGCAGAAUCGGCUCAAAAGGAGGAAAUCCUUGCAGACCCCUUGGAUGAUAUGGAAGAUUAUAACCAGCUCUACGAGAUGCAAGAUCUUCUUGUAAUCCAUGCUUACGACGGAGACAUGGAUGAACAUGUUCUCGAGGAGGUUAAGCCCAGAUACAUUAUCAUGUAUGAACCGGAUACUUCGUUUGUUAGGCGGGUUGAGGUCUACCGUUCCUCUCACAACGACCGCAAUGUACGAGUUUAUUUCCUCUAUUACGGAGGCUCUGUUGAAGAGCAACGCUAUCUUUCAUCUGUUCGACGAGAGAAGGAUGCCUUCACAAAGCUCAUCAAGGAGAAAUCAGCAAUGUCUGUCGUCAUGACACUCGAUGCUCACGGGAUCGAGGAUCCCCAAGAAGCCUUCCUCCGCACCAUCAACACCAGAAUCGCCGGUGGUGGCCGUCUAGCAGCAACAGCCCAACCACCUCGCGUUGUCGUAGACGUCCGAGAAUUCCGCUCAUCGCUACCCUCCCUCCUUCACGGCCGCAACAUGGUCAUCGUCCCUUGCAUGCUCACAGUGGGUGACUACAUCCUCUCGCCCAACAUCUGCAUCGAACGCAAGUCGAUCAAAGAUCUCAUCUCCUCCUUCAAAGACGGCCGUCUCUAUAACCAAGCUGAAACCAUGCUCCUUCACUACAAAUCACCCAUGCUGCUCAUCGAAUUCGACCAGAACAAGUCUUUCACACUCGAGCCGUUCGCAGAUCUUUCAGGCAGCUUGUCAUCUGUAUCCUCCUCCAAUGCCUCCUCAGACCUACAAUCCAAGCUCGUCCUCCUGACCCUGGCUUUCCCACGUCUCCGAAUCAUCUGGUCCUCAUCCCCCUACCAAACAGCUGAGAUCUUCGAGUCACUAAAAACUCAAGAGCCAGAACCAGAUCCCAUCACCGCAGUGCGAGUCGGGCUAGAAGGCGGUCAAAAAGUUGAAGAUCAGAGCUUCAACAGGGAGCCACAGGAUAUGCUGAGGAUUGUGCCAGGGGUGACGGGUAAAAAUAUCAAGAACUUAGUGGUGGAGAUGGGGAGUUUGAGGGAUGUCGCUAAUGCGAGUGUGGAGGAAUUGGAGCCGGCUGUUGGGAAGGAGGCCGGGAGGCAGAUUUAUAGGUUCUUUAAUAAGAGCGUGCUUGAGGAGUAA